UGAAAAAUGAAAUUUGAUUAUGUAUAUACUAUAUAGUUGGUAACAGUGUAUAUCAGUUAAAUACAGCGCACUCCAAAUUACCACUGUUUGAAUGAGUGAUUUGUGUUUGAUUACAUUCGACAAAACAUGAGAACUUUUUUAUGUCUAUUUGUAGUUUACAGACAAAGAAUUCUGUUAUAAUUUAUAACUGAAUAAUUCAUAGUAUCGAAGUUGAAAUAUGUUAAUUUACGAUGUUUUACAUAAAGAAGCUGUAUACAACUCAAUCGUCAACGACCUUCGAAACUAUGGGGUUAAAUAUCGAUUUAAAAAGAAUAUGUUUAAAACUGAAAGACUUGAAGGAACUAAACAAAUUUCGAAAAAAGUUUUCAAAACUUCUUUAUCUUAUCAACCAUUGGAUGUGGUAAAUUUAUCUUCAGGUGGCAUUGUGCAUGUACCAGUUUUCCUUAGUCAAGCAACUGCAUUCUUAGAAAAAUUUAUUACUCAAGAAGGAUUAUUUAGAAAAGCAGGUUCACAAUUGCGACAAAAGGAAUUAAUGAUCUGUUUAGAUAAUGGUGGUAUACUAGGAGAAAAACAUCAUGCGAUCGAUGUAGCUAAUUGUUUAAAAACUUUCUUUAGAGAUUUACCAGAACCAUUAAUCCCGUACAUGUAUCAUGAUUUAUUUAUACACUGUGCAAUGCUCAAAGCAUUUCGUAUACAAGCAUUGUUAUUAGCUUGCAUUCUUUUACCACCGCAUCAUCUUAAUACAUUGGCAUUUUUCAUGGAAUUUUUGAAAAAAGUAUCUCUAUACGAAAAGCAAAAUAAAAUGAACAUUGAUAACUUGGCUAAAGUUAUUGGACCAAAUAUUAUGCCUUUGCAAGAAGUAACUAUGUCUGCUGUGCGAACACGUUUGGAAUUACACUUAGUUAUUGUUAAAAUUUUAAUUGAAAAUGCAGACAAUAUUGGUGUUUUACCAGAUCAUAUAAUGCAAGCAUUUUCUAUGGAAACAAUUGGGAGUAUGGAUAAUGAAUUAAAUGUGUCUGAUAGUCAUACACAUUCAAAGACAAGAAAAAAGAAACACCGCAGUGGAAGUCUUACACGUAAGCCACAUCUAAGUGCCUCCAAUCUCAAUCUAAGAGUAUUUAAUGGUUUAAAAAAGAUGGUUGGCAAAAAUAGCAUGCCUGAAGAUGAUAAUACAUCUGAUAAUCAAAGGGUUCCUGAAAACUGUGAUUUGUUGCACACAUCAAAUACUAAAGGUAGUAAAAAAAGGAAAGUUGACAAUUCAGAUCCAGCAGCCCCAAAAAAAAAAAGAAAUGCAGAAAAAACAGAUAAAUCUAAAAAAAUGAGACUCAGUCUUGAUCGUUUUGUACCAAGAAAGCCAAAAAUUAGUGAUGAAGAUUCUGAAUCAUAUUCGGAACGACGAUGGAGUUCUGUCAAUGAUAAAUGUGAUUCACAAAGAACACAUAGAACAUACAGUGAUGAUUCGUCACAAUUAAAAUUAAUUUUGAAAAAUAAUGAAACAUCGAAUGAUCUUCAUAAAGAGUAUAACAAUGUUUUUAUUGAUGCAAACAUUAAUUUAUCAGAUAAUGACGAGCAGGCCUUGUUAACGAAAGAAAAUGAUAUCGGUAAAUCUCAUUCACAAUUAAACUUACAUUCAGAAGAAUAUAAGUCUUUAAAUAACUUUGAUCAAGUAUAUUUAUAUCCACUUAAGAAAAGAGUUACUGUAAAUAAUCUAGAAACAUAUUCACAUGUUAAAAUCACAUCUGUGGAUAAUGAGUCUGAAGAAUAUGUUACAAUACCUAAAAGCGAAUAUGAAGAAAUUAAGAACAGAGUUUCAGCGAUUGAAUCUCGUCUUUCUCAAGAGUUUGGAUGCAUAAAUGAUGACGAAAAGGAUGGUUUGUCACCGCAUUCUGUGAAGAAAGUACAAACUGCAUAUGAGAAAACUUUAGAAGAGGCUAGUAUUGAAAGUACAGUAACGACAGAUUAUUUAGCCAAGAAACUUGGUAAAGAACUGAAAAUUAGAAGAUCUGGUGAACAUAAAAUUAUUAGAUCUCCAAGUGCUCGAAAAAUAGGAAAUUUGAGAAGAAGAUCACAGGAAAGAAUGAUGAGUAAACGUGUUAGACGCACUUCUUCAUGGCAUAUUUCCCAUGGAUCGGAUUUACAGUCUAAUCAAGAAUUGAACAACACUUAUCUCCAUGAUGAAAAAUAUUUUUCAACGAAUUGUAUGAAGGAUGAUAAUUGUUUAAAACCCAUAUCUACUUCUUUUUGGGAAGAAGAUAAACAUGUAGUAUUAAAUAAUAUGCGUAAAAAGUUUAGUGAUUCAAAUAUACAUGUCACAACGCACGACCUAAAUUAUGUUGAAACUGAUGUACUUCCAAAAAAAAGUCGAACACAUGCGACGGUACGUCGUGUGUCAUCUUUCCAUGGUAAUGAAUUUACAAAUACAAAUAAAUAUUCAGCUGAAAAAGUUGAAAAAUUGAAGAAGACGAACAGUCAGCAAAAUAUCGUUUUGAAUAAUACGGCUUCAACUAAAUUGACUCCUAAAUUUGAUUGUUGGAAAGACGUUACGAUGCCCUGGAAAGAUGCUAAGGGAUAUUUUACAUCGACCAGUCAAACAAAUACUCCAGUUACUCAAACUGGUCGUGCAUCGAUUGCAAAAUUAAGAACCCAGAAUGCUGGAAUGGUUUUAGCUAAGGCUAAAUUGUUUGAUGAAUGUACAACAAAAGUAUAUGCACAAAACACUAUUUUAAACAAAAAAAAUGAUUUACUAAGUAAAACAAACGAUCAAUGUCGAAGCAAAGUAAAACAGAAUUGUGAAAGAGUCGAGUUAAGUCGAAAGUCAAAUAAAAGUAUGAAAAAUAAAAAUCCGAAACAUUCAUCUUCCGAGAUUGUAGGAGAAAUAGACAAUGCAACGUCAAAUUUGAAUCAAGAAGGCGAUAAAUCGUGUUACUACAUUUCUCAAAAUCCUAAUCCAAGAAUUGCCACUACACCACGGAUAACUAAUACGACAAAUUAUCAAAAAGAAAAUAUGAACGUAAAGACGCCUCCUUCGGCAAAGAAUGGGUCUCCAAAUUCAAUAUUACAGGAAUCAAAGCUAAGUAUGUACAAAGCUGAUAGCAAUGCGCUAUGUAAAACUCCACAUAUUAAGAAACCAUUAACUGUAAAAACACCUAAAAGUGCCAAAGCACUAAUGAGAAAACCUAUGUCAGAUUCUCGUAGAAUACCUUUAAAAGCUGUUGGUCAAGUAGGAACACCGAAAUAUCAAAGUCCUAAAAGUAUUUUGAAAACAAAAAUUGCCAACAGAUAUGCUUAACAUUUUUUACAAAAUAUAAUACAUAACUUUUAUUCUG